AUGCGCCCAAAGAAAGAGUCUUUCCGUUAUCUGGGAUCUAUGAUCCAGAGCAACGAAGACAUUGACGAGGAUAUCCGACACAAAAUUAACUCAGGAUGGGCCAAAUGGAGACUUGCAACGGGAGUCCUCUGUGACCGUAAGGUACCGACUAAACUGAAGGGAAAGUUCUACAAGACGGCAAUUCGUCCAGCACUUCUGUACGGGGCGGAGUGCUGGGCGACAAAAAACCCACACAUCUUAAGGCUACAUGUGACGAAAAUGAAGAUGUUAAGAUGGGCUUGUGGGCUGACAAGACACGAUAAGAUUCGAAAUGAUUUUAUUCAUGGGAAGCUUGGGGUAGCAUCGAUGAAGAUGAUACUCAUGCAACACCGGCUGCGUUGGUUCGGGCAUCUCCAACGGAGACCACCUGAGGUCCCGGUACGAGUAGGAUGCAUCAGACGAGCCGAAGGGAGAAUGAAGAAACGAGGACGGCCGAAAUUAACCUGGGAUGAACUGAUUAAGCGGGACCUGAAAGAUCGAGGCUUGGAGAGAGAGAGUUGGCGCUCGACAGAACAACGUGGAGGACAGCGAUCCACGUGA